GAGCCUCCUGCCACAGGAACCAGGACUGUUAGUUCACUGCAGCCUGCUCACCAACAUGUCUGUUGAAACUUCAGCCGCACUGUCUGUUUUCCUGCUCAUCAUCUCAGCGACGGUGGCACAGGACUGUUCCCAGCCCUGUGCCUGCUCUGCGCCCCCCCCGCCCUGCCCGCUGGGGACCAGCCUGGUGCUGGAUGGGUGUGGCUGCUGUAAGGUGUGUGCCAGGCAGCUGGGGGAGCCCUGCUCCCUGCUGGAACCCUGCGACCAUCACAAGGAGCUCUACUGUGACUACACUCUGCUGAGUGACACUGAGACUGGCAUCUGCAUGGCUCAGGAGGGUCAGAUGUGUGACCUGGGGGGCGUAAUGUACCGCAGUGGGGAGUCCUUCCAGCCCAGCUGUAAGCACCACUGUGUGUGUAUGAACGGAGAGAUUGGCUGCGUGCCAAUGUGUGCCAGUGAUGUCAGACUGCCCUCCCCUGACUGCCCAUACCCAAGUCGCAUCCACAUCCCUGGGAAAUGCUGUGAAGAAUGGGUGUGUGACCAGUCGCCGCAGGAUCACAACUACCACAACUACCAGUCAGCCAUAGCCAGAGCCACUCAGAUUCAGCCCUUUCCCUCCUCAAGCCCUGUCUCAGUCUUCAGACAGGUGUCUCCAGCAGAGAGUCCCAGAGAUAACUGUGUGGUCCAGACCACAGAGUGGAGUGAGUGCUCGGCCACCUGUGGUAUGGCUAUCUCAUCUCGCAUCACCAACGACAACCAGCACUGCCAGCUGGAGAGGCAGACCAGGAUGUGCAUGGUUCGACCCUGCAACAACCAGCAGGAAACACUCAUCAAGAGUGGUAAGAAAUGUAUCCGGACACCAAAGGUCCAGCAGGGGAUGCGCUUCAAGCUGUCGGGCUGCUCCAGCACCAGGCUGUACAAACCAAAGUUCUGCGGCGUCUGCACAGACAAUCGCUGCUGCACGCCGCACACCACCUUCACAGCUGAGGUGGAGUUCCAGUGUCCAGAGGGAGAGGUCUUCAUGAAGAAGAUGAUGUUCAUCAAGACCUGUUCCUGCCAUCAUUACUGUCCACAGGAUAAUGACAUCUUCCUGGCGUCCAACACUCGGAGGAUGAUCGGAGACUAUGAUAACGAUUUGUAAGGGGAGAGUUCAACCCUAACAACUACACGACUAACCUUCAGUGUCAUCCAGACUGAGAGUAAAGUGGCAGCAUUUUGUUGCUGAAACUUUGUAAGUUUCGAGGCUGUUGAAAAGUAGGCUGUUUUGAGUAGUCAUCAAACCAAUUUUGCUAAGAGUUGUUUGUCUGGAAAACAUCUACUGAGAGACCAUUCAAUCGGAAGAUUAAUUUCAAUUUACUAACACCAACCGAGCCAAGAUCUACCCAAAUAAGAGUGUGGAAGACGUGCAUUCUUAGCAAAACAAUAUUCACACAAACAAACACAAUAUAAUACAUAAUCUAAGUCUGCAAACUAAAACUUAAAUGAUGGGAAAUUAAAUAUACCUAGAAAGUUUUGGAGUCUUGGGACAGUUAAAAUCACUGAGAAAACCUAUUGGUUGAACAACAUUUUAAUGUUCAGGUAGAUCAGUCAUGUCUCUUGACAUUGUGUUGCUCUCUUUGUGAGAAACGUUAGACUCCAACCCAAGUUGCACCUUGCUGUUUGAUGAGAUGUAAGGUCAGAAAAGGAAAAUGCCAAUAUAAAGAGUCUUGCUUAAUCUGGACAAGUGUCAGGCAUGGCUAGAGAAAGACCAGGACCUGUGACCUGCAAAAAGUGGAUUGUGAAGUAAAACGUUCAUCAAUUGAACCAUGGGAGAGGCAGGGCUAGAUAGCCAUGCUAAAGAAGCAGAUGUUAAGUGCUGUAUCUACUCCCUUCACCCGAGUGACCAACGGGACUCCCGCUGCCAGCUGCAGCGCUGCCCUCACCAGACCAGGGACCAUUUCAGGUGCUGUGUCCAGAAACAAAGCCCUAAUUGCAUCAAGGGUGGGUACUGAAACCCGGUAUAAAAUGGGCCCCAUGAAAACACGAGCAGCACUCGCUAAUGUAAAUAAGUGAAAUAAAACCUUAUUGAGAAGAAGCCAAUCCUUUAUCAGAACACCUGUUCAACAAACAUAAACAUGUUGUAGGCAAUAUUUGAAUCUGCUCUGUCAUCAGUCUGUCAGUCACUGUGUCUCACACAAGCACAGUGUGUGAGCUCGUUAGAAACGGUCUAAAAGGACUGUGUGUAGUCUGUUUAGCUUAGUUUUCCACAUAUCAUAAAAUGUUUCAGCGGGUCCUGCAUACAGUCAGUCACAUCAGCAGGAGAGGGAGAGCAGAGAAUAGUGAGGUCAGUAAUUAGAUUUAUUUAAUUGAUAUUUUAGAUUUGUUUCCAGUGAAAUAUUAUGAGGUUAUAGAGAGACUUUACUGUUGU